GUCUCACCCAAAACUCAACCAAGCAUGAAAAGUUACAUUUCAACUAAGUUAGGCAUUUCUGUUCUUGCUUUGUCAUCUUCAUUUGUUAGAAAGACAUAAAGACUCCAUGCAGAGGACACUGCUUUUACACAUACAAUGACGGGGGCUUUAAGAGAACUGGCGAGAAGCCCUGUGCUUGUUGCAGCCAUUUUCAUAUCAGGAAUAGGAGGAACCUUUCAAUACGGCUUCCAUAUCUCUGUCCUGAACUCACCAUCACUUUUUAUUAAAGAGCUGGUGAACAGCACCUGUCAGCAGCGUUACGGCCGCUCUCUUGAGUCCUGGGAGCUGUCCCUCAUCUGGUCCUUCAUUGUGUCCAUGUACUGCGUGGGAGGACUGGCUGGAACCCUGUAUGCUGGGCAUCUGGCAGGCGCGUAUGGAAGGAAGACAACUCUGCUUUUGAACAAUGUGGUGGCAAUCUGUGGAGCUGUCCUGAUGUUGUUGAGUAAAACCGCCCUCUCUUUUGAGAUGAUCAUGGUGGCACGUGUCCUAUACGGCAUCAAUGCUGGUGUGAGUUUGACUGUCCACACCAUGUAUAUAUUGGAGUGCGCCCCCAAGAGGCUGCGAGGGAUGGUUGGUGUGUCUGUGGCCACUUUUGUCUCAAUGGGGAAGUUUUUUGGCCAGCUGCUUGGGAUCAGUGAGGUGUUAGGCACUGAGGAGCACUGGAUCUGGCUGCUGGCCUUCAGCGGGGCGGCUGGUCUCCUGCAGCUACUAACUCUGCCCUUUCUCCCUGAGUCCCCGCGGUACCUCCUGCUGGAGAAGGCAGACAAACACGGCUGUGAGACGGCUCUGCGCAGGCUGUGGGGAGCUAAAAAGGACCCUGGACCAGAGAUGGAGGAGAUGCUGGCUGAACACGCCUCCCUAAAGAGCGUGAAGAUCCACGGACUCAUGGACCUCUUCCUCGACCACAACGUCCGCUGGCAACUCCUCACCAUCCUCGUCACGUUCGUCACGCUGCAGCUCUGUGGCAUCAAUGCUGUCUAUCUCUAUUCGUUUGAUGUGUUUCAAGCUGCUGGUAUUGCCAAGGAGAACCUGCGCUAUGCCGCCCUGGGGACGGGGCUGUGUGAAGUCUCCACCUCCAUUGCCUGUGUGCUGAUCAUUGAGAGCACAGGGAAGAGAGUGCUUCUCUUUAGGGGUUACCUGUGCAUGGCUGCCUCACUGGCCCUGCUUACACUCACACUUUACCUUCAGGACUUUGUAUCCUGGAUGCCUUACUGCAGCAUGGUCCUUAUUUUCACCUACAUCUUCUUCUUCUCUAGCGGGCCAGCCGGGGUGACAGCACCACUUCCUAUUUAC